AUGGCCGGUAAGGUGAAGUGGGUGACAGAUAUUGAGAAAUCAGUGCUCAUCAACAACUUUGAGAAGAGAGAAUGGGUUCAAGUGACAGAAAACGACGACUGGAAUUUCUACUGGAUGAGCAUCCAGACCAUCAGGAACGUGUUCAGCGUGGACACCGGCUACCGCCUGUCAGAUGACCAGAUGGUUAACCACUUCCCCAACCAUUACGAGCUGACCAGGAAGGACCUGAUGAUCAAGAACAUCAAACGCUACCGCAAGGAGCUGGAGAAGGAAGGCAGUCCGCUGGCAGAGAAGGACGAGAACGGGAAAUACAAUUAUUUAGAUUUUGUCCCUGUGACGUUCAUGCUCCCCGCCGAUUAUAACCUCUUUGUGGAGGAGUACCGCAAGAACCCGUCCAGCACCUGGAUCAUGAAGCCAUGCGGGAAGGCUCAGGGCAAAGGCAUCUUCCUCAUCAACAAACUGUCCCAGAUCAAAAAGUGGUCCAGAGACAGCCGCACCUCCACGUUUGUAGCAGCAUCUAGUGGCAAGGAGGCCUACGUCAUCUCCCUGUACAUCGACAAUCCUCUGCUGAUAGGAGGGAAGAAGUUUGACCUGCGUCUCUACGUUCUGGUGACAACAUAUCGGCCUCUGAAGUGCUACAUGUACAAGCUGGGCUUCUGUAGGUUCUGCACAGUCAAGUACACACCCAGCACCAGUGAACUGGACAACAUGUUUGUUCACCUCACUAAUGUGGCCAUCCAAAAACAUGGCGAUGACUACAACCAUGUCCAUGGAGGCAAGUGGACGGUCAGUAACCUGCGUUUGUACCUAGAGAGCACCAGAGGGAAGGAGGUGACAAGCCGACUGUUCGACCAGAUCCACUGGAUCGUGGUGCAGUCGCUGAAGGCCGUGGCUCCUGUGAUGAACAAUGACAAGCACUGUUUUGAGUGUUACGGGUAUGACAUCAUUAUUGAUGACAAGCUCAAGCCAUGGCUCAUUGAGGUCAACGCCUCUCCCUCGCUGACCUCCAGCACAGCCAACGACCGCAUCCUGAAGUACAACCUCAUCAACGACACCCUCAACAUCGUCACGCCCAACGGGGAGCUCCCGGACUGCCGCUGGAACCGCAGUCCGCCCCGCGAGGCCCUCGGCAACUACCAAGUCCUGUACGACGAGGAGCAGGCUCAGAAUGAGAAUGCCGAGCGUGACCUGCGAAGCCGCUCGGGUCAGUCCCUGGGGUCAAAGGGCACCAAGGGGAGUGCAGGCGUUCGACCCGCCGCCGCCACCUGGAAGUGA